AUUAUAAAUGUAUUGAAAGGAGACUUUAGAGAUGUGAAGCUAAAGACAUUGAGAGAAGAUCUUUGGAAUUCUACUAAAGACAUUGGCACAUUAUCUCUUUUGACAUUAAGAGAUUUAAUACCUAAAUUACUUGCACAUGAGCUAGACUGGCUUAAACGUUAUUUUUCCUGGGAUGAUGAUGCGGAAGUGAUCAGUGAAAACACUACUCAACUUAAACUUGAAGAUAAUGAUCAUAUUGACGAGGUUAUAAAAUUUUCUACUUUUGCAAAAGAUGAGUUUGUGUCGUUUAUUUUGGAAGAGUUUCUUUCUUCCUUUGGGGAAAAAAAGUUGAAAAUAAAAUCCAGUGAUAUGGCAUUGAAAGUUGUCGACAUUGAAGGUUAUUCCAUACAUUUACAUUUGGCAUCUGCUAUGAAUAAUUUGCUUCACAAAUAUGGAGAUACUAGUAGCGAGUUAGAUUGUUCCCGAAUUGAAGAGCAUGGGGUGGAUUUUCUAAUGGCAUCUCUAGACAAGAUCACAGGAGAAUUCUACUAUCAACAGCUAAGGAAACUAGUUGACGAAGACAUCCCAACAAUUCUACAUGAGAGGAUAACUGUUCUACAGAAGAAGAAAGCUAAUUGCAAAAGAUUCCGUGAAUCUUCCUCAAAAGAGGAAUCCAUGAAGGAGUGCUUGGAAGAGGCACUGAAAGCCAAGUGGAAGCUAGCAAGCCAAUUUGAAAAAAUGGAGGAUCAACACCUUUGUAGCAGAAAACAUAUUUUGCUCUUGAAGGAUAGUGAGAUCAAUAAUGAUGAAUUUGUGUGUAAGUUAUGUGAUGAGUAUCUUAUGGAACCUCCUUAUUAUGUUUGUGAUUCGUGCGAAUAUUAUGUCCACAAGUCAUGUGAAGAACUACCAAAGCAGAUCAACAAAUACCCUUUACAUCCUCGCCACCCUCUUUCUCUUACAACACGAUAUGCCAGUUGCAAUUGUUGUGGUCAAGCCUCAAAAAAGAGGCUCGUGUUCAGUUGUGAUGGCUGUGAUUUUGACUUGGAUGUUGAAUGUUUUAAAAUGUCAAACUCCAUAACAGCAUGCCCUGAAGGCCAACAUUGCAUUCAACAUUCAAGCCAUCCCCACUUGCUACUACUUGUAGACACAACAAAUGCAAUUCAUGAAGAUGAAGAUAUUGAUGUUAGAUGUUUUGCAUGUCAAUCCAAGAGCUCACCAUCAGAAUCAGAUGGUGGAGUUUAUUAUGGCUGCAAUAGAUGUAACUAUUUUCUUCAUAAACAAUGCAUUGACCAAUUACCUCAAGAAAUCCAAACCUCUCACCAUCCUAACCAUGACCGUCUCUUCCUUCUUAUGAAAAGAUACAAUUGUAAAUGUAGCACUUGUGGAAAUAAAGAUCAACCUGCCUUAUAUUUCGAAUGUCCUCAAUGUGAUUUUCGGUUGUGUUUAGAAUGUGGAGUGAGACGAACACGAACCAUUAAGUAUGAAGAUCAUCCACAUCUUCUUUGCUUUAUGAAGAAAAUAAACAAUGUAGUUGAACAAUGCAACGUCUACGACACCUGUUUGAAGCAAUCAAUCAUGUGCAAUACUGAGGAAUUCCAUAAAACAGAUUCCUUUAAAUUUCAAUGUUUGGAUUGUGAUUUCAAACUUCAUUUAUUAUGUGGUCCAUUGCCUUCUAUCAUAAAACAUGACAGUCAUAUGCACUCCUUAGAUCUUGUUGAUUCAUUCAUUGAGGAUAACUCUGGUGAAUAUUGCUGCGAUGUUUGUGAAGAAGAAAGAAAUCCACGAAUACGUGUUUACUGCUGUCGGAAGUGCAAAUAUAUCGCUCACGUACACUGUGUUAUCUCUGAGGUUAUAAAUGUAUUAAAAGAAGACCUUAGAGAUGUGAAACUGAAAGUGUUGGGAGAAGAUCUUUGGGAAUUUCCUAAAAUAAUUAAUCAUGCUGCGUUUCCUUGGACCUUAUCGGAUUUGAUACAAAGAUUAACUUAUUAUGAGCUACGCUGGUUGACGGCUCGUUUUGAGGGAGAAGAAAUGAGUACUACGACUACUGAAGUUGAGCCUGAAGAUGAUAACAUUGAUAAAGUUCUAAAAUUUUCUAAUUUCACAGAAACUGAUUUCAUGUCAUUUAUCUUCCAAGAGUUUGAUUCCACCUAUAAGAAAAGGAAGUUGAAAAUAAAAUCCAUUGAUCUAGCAUCGAAAGUUGUCUACAUUGAAGGUUAUUUCAUACCUGUAUAUUUGGCAUCUGCUAUGAAAGCUUUGCUUCACAAAUAUGGAGAUAUUAGUACAAGUGGAGAACGUUAUGAGUCUAAAUCUUUGAUUGUAGGAGAUAUUAGGCCAAGUAGAGGAGGUUAUUCCCAAGAAUGGAAGAGCAUUGGGUUUUUCUUUGUAUGUAAAGUGAUGAAAGAGAUGCAUACCACUUUGGUGAUAGACAUCACUAAACAUCUUCUUCAACAAUGGUAUCACUACAUACACUUUGUAGGAUUUUGGGCUGACUUUGAGGUGGAUUUUCUAAUGGCAUCUCUUGAGGAGAUCACAAGAGAUUUCUACUAUCAACAGUUGAGUAAAGUAGUUGACAAGGAAUUCCGAAUGAAAAUAGAAAAGAAGAAGGCUGAGCUGCAAAAGAAGAUGGCUGAGCUGCAGAAGAAGAUGGCUGAGUACGAUGCUGGACUGGUGAAGAGUAAGUCUUCUACAACAGAGGAACAGGUGAAGGAGGGCUUGGAAAUGGCAAUGAAUGUCAAGUGGAAGGUGGCAAGCCAAGUUGGCUUCAACUGA